GACUCGAGGACCACUUCAAAGCCUACAGACCUUAUCAUUGCACUGUCCCAGGCUGUAAACGAUUUGGGGAGGAGAAAGGUUUCCUCCGCAAAGACAACCUCACGCAGCAUAUGCGGAAAGUUCACAAAAGAUUCAUCCCCCGCGUUGAAAGCCGGUUCGCCAAAGGGGGCUGGGGGAAUGUUACCCGUACCGUCAUCGACAAGCUCCCACAAGAUCCACGACUAGGAACAUUCGAGCUUGCGGGAGCGCCCUCUGAGACUGUUAGUAGCGACGGUACAUCCGCUGAGGCAGCCGAACACCUGUAUUCCGGCGGGGAGAGUUCUGUUGUGUUCAGGAAGGUUGAUCAAGGCGAUUAUGAACAUGGCCAGACGGGGUAG